UUCACCAACAACAAAACAAUUAGCGUCAAAUCGUUUACGAACUCGUUUACAACACUACGAUGAACCUGUUAUUGAAUAUUAUACUGAUACUAUGAAAUUAUGCAAGUUAGUUGAUCCUAGUAUGACUGAUGUAUCAAAACUUGAUCAUUUAUAUCACGGUCUAAAACAUUCAUUAAUGAAGGAAGUUUUACGUCAAAAUCCACGAACACCAUCAGACUUUUCAGAACAUGCACGACGAGAAGAAACUUUGGAUCGUCUUGUUGCUACGUCUGUUCAUCAUACCAAUGAUAUCAUCGAUACCAAUACACCUCAUCAUGCACCCCUUCAUCCUGCACAACCAGCUACACCCAUAUGGUACCAAACUUCUCCGAACACGUCUUAUACUUCGUAUCCACCACAAGCACCUCAGUAUCAAUCAUCAUACCCUUCAACUUAUCAGCAAUCAUCACUACACAAUCAUCCUUAUAUUUCAAACACAUCGUUUAAUAAUUCAUAUCCUCAUCGACGUUUUGUACGAUUAAGGGAGUCACAUGAUGGUAGUGACUCCCACCCCUCACAACCAUCGUUAUCUUACUCAUCCACAACUCCUGUCUAUUCAUCAACAAAAUACACAACAUGUUUUCGGCAAAACUCGUCUUAUUAUUCUCCUACUCGUAAACCUCCACCAAUUAAUUAUUAUUUCAAACAACGUCAAGUUCAAUCUCUCGGAACACAGCGUAUCGCCAAUAAAAAUACUAUCACCACUAACCCUUCAUUAAUUUUUAUUAACACUCUUAUCAAUGGCAAACCCAUCCGAGCUCUGAUCGAUACGGGCGCUUCUCAUUCAUUUAUUACACAAUGUGCAUUACGUGCACUAUCUUAUUUCCGAUUGCCAUCGUGUGAACGUGCAGCACAAUUAGGUGAUGGUCAAACAACACUUAAAAUAGUUGGUGAAAUUCAGCUGUUACUACAAUUUGAUCAAGUUUUUACACCUGUAAAUGCUCUCGUCACUCACACCAUGAACACUGAUUUUAUACUUGGUGGUGAUUGGUGUACAAAAAAUAAAGUAAAUAUUGAUUAUGCAAAGAGUCAAGUAUCACUAUGUACAAAACUUGGUCGUAUUUUUAUCCCGUAUGAUAAGCACAUCGAUUAUUUAAGUUUAGAUGUCAAAUCAAUCAAUGUAAUUCAUAUACCACCACGUGAAUCUUGUACUGUUCAAGCCAAAGUUGAAUUAUCAUCAGCUAAUACUGUAUAUUUUUCUCCUGCUGACACCACAUCACUUGAAAGAUCUGUUAUAAUGUCACCAGCUUUAUUACACGUAAACAACUACACAACCUACUUGGAGAUAUACAACCCUCACGAUACUACAUGUACAUUACCAAUGAAUACUCGUUUAGGCCAAAUUACUCAUACACCACAUAAACUUCAAUCGUGUGUAGCAUAUGAUCCAUCUCGUUGUUCGUCAUCGUGGUCGUCUCAACAUCAUGUCCUUACUACAAUCGAACUUAAACAAACACCAUCUAACACCUGUAAAAUAAUUUAUCAACUGCUGGAUCAUAUUACCAAUUGUCAGGACAAACAACAACUACGUCACAUACUUGAACAACACAUCAAAAUCUUUGAUAUUUCACAUGUUACACAAGCAAAUACAUCUGUUCAACACAUUAUUAACACCGGUGAUAGUCUUCCAAUCAGUUCAAGACCAUAUCCAAGAACAAUCCAACAACGACGUGAACUUCAAGCCGAAAUUCAAAAAAUGUUACAAGCUAACCAAAUUCGUCCAUCCAUUUCACCAUGGUCAUCUCCAGUCAUUAUUCACAAAAAAAAGGAUGGUGGUAUUCGUUUUUUGGUGGAUUAUCGAAAACUGAAUUCAGUCACAAAAAAAGAUUCUUUUCCUCAACCAACAACUGAAGAAUUACUGCAUCGAUUAGGUGGUCAUUGCUUUUAA